UUUUGGGGGAACAUUUCCAAACGCCACACCAAAGCAGCGGAAGCUGAAGGCUCGUGUGUCUCCAUGUUGACAACAAGAAGUGACUGAAAUCUGUCUGAAAACUUCAAAUUCACAAACACAGGAGCUUCAGAAUAAACCAUGUCCGACAACGAGGAUAACUUCGACGACGGAGAUUUCGACGAUGCCGAAGAGGACGAGGGGUUAGAUGACCUGGAGAACGCGGAGGAUGAGGACCAGGAGAACGUGCAGAUCCUGCCUGCAGGAGAGGGACAGCAGGCCAACCAGAAGAGGAUCACAACUCCUUACAUGACUAAAUACGAGAGGGCCAGAGUGCUCGGCACGCGAGCUCUGCAGAUAGCGAUGUGUGCCCCUGUCAUGGUGGAGCUGGAGGGAGAAACAGACCCCUUACAGAUAGCAAUGAAAGAGUUAAAGAGCAGAAAGAUCCCCAUCAUCAUCCGCAGGUACCUUCCUGACGGGAGUUACGAGGACUGGGGCUGUGACGAGCUCAUCAUCACCGAUUAACUGACUUAUCCAGCCUGCACUGACACAACAAUACACGCUGAUUCAGACCCACCAUUGUCUCAGGUCAGUCAGCUACACAAACCCAAAGGAUUCCUAAGACGACUGCGUUUCUCACCCACCUGUUUGUACCUCAAACAUCAGGCGACUCUGUGAGUCGGUGACAACGUAAAAUGUACUAAACAGACACAUUAAAACCCCAGGAGUGUGUCGCUUGUUACUCAGUCUUGUGUCAUUGCACGGCACACAGCUAAAGUUCAGAGUUAGGAUCCCCAGUACUUCUUGUUUUAGCAGCCGCAUUAUAACUUAGAGCCACAAGGGGGAAAUGUAACUCAAGUCAAACAUUUACUUUCUCUUCUGAAGUCAUCCUGUGUUGUAAUUAUUCCAUUUGUUGUUUUUGAAGGAGAGAAGAGAUUAGUGUGAAAGAACUGUUUUAUUGUUAUUAAUAAACUCUUUUGUAUAAAUGA